AUGCCGGAGGCGGCCAUUGGGUUUGCUCUAGGAAGGCUGGCUUUGUUCCUGGAGGAGGCGGCCGUAUCCAUAUUUGGAUUCCGUGAGCAAGUGAAGGCGGUGGAACGUAAACUCAGAGGGAUUCAGUGCUUCCUCAAGGACGCCGACGGUCGGACCGCGAGUGAUAGCAAGAUUGAGCAUUGGGUGAAUGAGAUGCGUCAAGUGGCCUAUGAAAUCGAGGACGUCAUAGACCUCUUUCUUUUGGAAGUUGAAAGUUAUUAUGACCGCAAGAAUUUGAAGGGCAAAGCAAAGAGGGGAAGGCAGGCGCUGCGUGAUCUCUGUGGUCGGCCAAGUUUGGGUAGGAAAGACGGUUUAGCCAGAAAAGUGUACAACCGGGCCAAGAACAGCUUCGGCUCCGCUGCUUGGAUCCAUGUGUCGACGCAUCCAAAUGAAGUUUUACGGGAGCUGUGUAAAGCUGUCCUACACCUCCCUCGACACGAGACAGAGAAGCUGGUUGAAGCUCAUGAGAUGCGGGAGAGAAUAGCCCGCAAACUAAUGGGGAAGAAGUACUUGGUUGUUCUUGAUGAUGUAUGGAAAAAUGAGACUUGGGAUGCCAUUAGAGGAGCUUUCCCAGAUGGGAACAGUCGGAGCAGAGUUCUAAUAACAACACAAAAUGAGGGGGUGGCCAAACACGCCGACAUGCACACUCCCCCUUACAGGAUCCCCUUGCUGAACCAAAGAGACAUCUAUAAGCUGCUCUGCAAACACGCCAUCCCCGGGUCUCCCCAGUCCUGCCCUCAAGAGUUGCAGAGCUUGGCAAACGAUAUUGUGGCAAAAUGUGGUGGCCUGCCCUUGGCACUUGUUGCCGUCGGACGCAUUCUGUCUGGAAGAGAACCAACAGUUGUUGCGUGGAAGGAUUUUGUGGAUGGAUUCAACUGGGACAUCACUCAAGGUAAGGCUGAGAUUUCGAGAAUCUUGACCAUGGGCUUUGACUAUUUACACUAUGAUCUGAAACCGUGUUUGCUUUAUUGCUGUGCUUUCCCGGGGGACUCUGAGAUCCGAGUCAAGAGACUCUUAAGACUGUGGAUCGCAGAAGGUUUUGUGAAAAAAGAAGAGGAUAGGAGACCGGAUGCAGUCGCGAUGCGUUACUUGAAUGAGUUGGUUGCCAGGAACCUCAUUCAACCUUGCAAACGAAACUCAUCUGGGGAAAUCAAGUCUUGCCGAGUUCAUGAUGUUCUGCGUGUAACGUUGGCAGUUAUAGCAAAGAAGCAGAAUUUCUUUCAAAUUGACCCAAUUACACCUAACAACUGUGACCUGUUGAAUUGCCGCCGCCUCGCCACCCACCGUCGUCUUGAGGAAAAAACAUGCUCCCUGCAGAAUGCUCGCUCCAUUAUCUCCUUUCCAGAAAGUAAACCACCAAUUUGGUCUGACCAAAUUAAAAAUUUCAAGCUACUUAGAGUUUUAGACCUUGAAGGUGUUGGUAGUGUUGAGAAACUGCCAGUGGAGAUUGGAGAUUUGGUCCUCCUUAUAUAUCUGGGCCUGAGGCACACAUCAAUUGAAACGCUUCCCAGAUCCGUCAAGAAGCUUUCCAACCUGCAAACGUUGGAUCUUAGAACCUCUGCAAACGUUCGUUUAUCACACUCUAAGGUCCCGUUGAAAUAUUUCAAGGCCAAGCAUGUAGCGAAGUUGACCAAUCUGAGACAUUUAUAUUUUGGAAGUCGAUCACGCGGCGAGCUUUUUAAUGCCAUGGAAGUGCCGGAAGAUUUUGGAGUAAGGCGCAGCUUAAAGGAACUGCAGACACUGUCAUAUGUGAAGGCAGGCGGAUGGGUGGAAAAGGGUUUGUGCACCAUGACAAACCUCAGAAAAUUGGGAAUGCAAGUCCCAAAAGCAUAUGGGUCAUCUAGGAGUGCUUUUGGAUCUAUUGCCCAAAGUCUGAGCCACCUUCACAGCUUGUAUCUGCAAGGGGAGUUGGAGAAUCUACCGGACACUGCAUUUGUGAAGCUUACCAAACUAACACUUGAUUCCUCCUGCUUACGUGACGAUCCUUUCUCUGGAUUACAGACAUUGCAGUUGCUCAAGAGCUUGAGGCUCAUCAAUGCAUACCACGGCAAGACGCUGUGCUGCUCAGGAGGUGGGUUCCCUUGUCUUGAAGUCUUGAACCUUGAAAACUUGUAGGAUUUACGGGAUGUUGUUAUGGAGUCUGGAGCCUUUCGUCAGCUUAAAUUCAUGAGAAUUGCCUCCUGCGGCAAUUUGCAUAUGAUCCCAAGGGGGCUAGUGAGCAUAAGCAGUCUGCAGGAACUGAGGCUAGUCGACAUGGCCGCCUUCUUAGUUGACGGCGUUCAACCGAACAUGGGUAAAGAUUGGCACAUAACUAAGGCCACCCAGUUAACCAUUUUUACCAAGCAAGUUCCGCAGUUUCGUUGCUGAAAUCUUCUGUUUCUAGUUAUCUCACUUGCAUUCAUUAAAUUAUUCACAUUUGUGUUCGUUGAAUAUCACUUUGAUCUUCCAUUUCAUGUUACCAGAAAAUCUCCAUCUUCUUAACUACCCCGUUAUUUUUA